AUGCGAGGUCCAGACAGAUUCUCUGACGCGUCAAUUUUCAUUCCCCAGCCGUACAUCGCCAACGUCUCCGCAAGAAAACUGGGCUACCAAUACCAACCGUUCCAGGACAAUGUGUCUAUUAGAAUAUUUACUCUAGCCCCCGGGAAACCAUCUGAACCCUUGAGAGGAACACUGGACGCUAUCCAGAUUGAUGAAGUAGGAAGCUACGAGGCGAUAUCAUAUGUCUGGGCGGAACCUGGCCCGCUAAAUUGCAAAUACGAGAUUGUGAUCAAUACCGAUGGUGACGAUGAGAGGCUUUUAGAACUGAAGGAAGGGGGAAACAUCUUCGCGGCGCUGAGGCGCAUCCGUCUUCCGGAUCAAGGGCGCCGUAUCUGGGCCGACCAAAUUUGUAUCAAUCAAAACGACUUGAAUGAAAGAAGCCAGCAGGUGCAAUUUAUGAACAGGAUUUACAAGGAUGCGUCCCACGUCUUGGUCUGGCUUGGGCUAGAUACUAAUGGAGAAGCCACUUCAGCGUUCUCUUUGAUACACAAUCUACACGCAACGCUCCAAAAUGCCGGCGGUGCAUCCCAUGCCCGGCCCGUGGAUAACCUGGAACAGGAAGUGAAGAACAACAGAAAGGCACUACAGAGUCUGACUAGUCGUAACUGGUUUAAACGUGGUUGGAUCGUACAAGAGAUUGGAACCGCCGCACCUGCGACAAUGUUCUGGGGAGAUGCAGAGAUUGACUGGACGAUACUGCAUAGCGUUUGCGAAUCCCUCACAGACUAUCACCAUCUCCGUAAAGAGCUAAAUAUCAACACCUCCGACAUCAAGUUCCUAUUCCAGAGAUUCAUCGAGCCAGACGCAACUAGCCAUCACGCAAACCGAUUCAACUUUGUAUAUGAGCUUCAUCGAGCACGCAGCUUAAACUUCACCAACGACAGAGACCGCAUUUUUGCUUUUCUCGGACACUAUUCUCUCAUUUCGGCCGACUCGCUGAACCACGAGCUUGCAUCGAUCACGCCUAAUUAUACAAUGUCUGUAGAACAAGUCUACAUUGACUUGGCUAAGCGAUCACUGAGGGGAAGCCAGGGGGAUUCAGCUCUGAUAACAUUGGCAGCCGUUCAGCACCUUGUCGGGAGGCUACCAUCCAGUGAUGGCUCGGCAUUGCCUCAUGACGGCGGACUGCCAUCUUGGGUGCCAGAUUGGAGGACGUAUCAAGGUUUUAUUCUUUCAGAGCCUAUCAAUCCACAUCGAGCUCAUGGUUCUUCAACGCCAAAGCUGCAGAUCGACGACGACUCCACCUUACUUCGCAUAUGGGGCGUAGAUGUCGACACGAUUGAAGCGUGCUCCCCGCCGCUGAAAAAUAAAGACUUCCACGGGAAAAGUCACAUGAUAGAAUUCCUCUGGAACGAGAUUUGCCAAAAGAAGAGCUUCAAUCUAGAUGAUGAAUAUCGCAACGGCCAAGAGAAAGCUUUCUUUGCAUUCAUGCAAACUCUUAGCAAUGGCUGUGUGCAGAUUGCUGGACGGGAAGGAAUCUCAUACACCGAGAUUCCAGCCUCUAGAUGGCUUGAACAGGCAGCAAUGUACCUCAUUGGAGCCCUUGGAGACUCAAGUACCGUAUCAUCAGAGAUACAGACACUCGCAGCUGAGGCCAAGUGCAAGCACGAGAAAGAGGAAUGGAGCCGUUCGGCUAAUGGGGCGUCAAAGAAUCGCAUCUUUGCGCGAACGAAGAGCGGAUAUUAUGUUCUCGGGCCUGCAGUCAUGGAGAAGGGCGACAUUGUAUGCGUUUUGUUUGGUGGCAAGCUACCAUUCUGUCUGCGGCCGGUUGGAAAGCGGUAUCUGCUUGUUGGCGAAUGUUACACCCAUGGGUUGAUGAAGGGAGAGGCAUUGGGCAUGGUGGCCCGUGGAGAAUUGUCCGAGAGGAAGUUUGAGAUUGUGUAG